AUCAACUUCCUGUUUAUUUCCUGGGACAAUACUUGGCGGGAAAUACACUUUGGAACACAGGUACCACUAAAAAAAGCACAAAGAAAAAAUGCAUGCCUUUUUGAAAGGAGGUAGCGCUGCUUUAGAAAGAGCCAAAGAGAAAUCAGCUUCUUCAAGUGGUGAUAAAGAGGAACCAGCGAAAAAGACCAGACAGGUCCCAUGGGUUGAAAAAUAUCGACCUCGAAGCGUGGAUGAUGUUGCUUACCAAGAUGAAGUAGUGGCAGUUCUGAAAAAAUCUUUGCAGUGUUCUGAUCUGCCGAACCUCCUGUUCUACGGUCCACCUGGUACAGGUAAAACCUCCACCAUCCUUGCUGCGGCCAGAGAUUUGUUUGGGCCAGAAAUGUUCAGGAAUCGAGUUUUAGAGUUAAACGCUUCUGAUGAGCGAGGAAUCAGCGUGGUACGAGAUAAAGUGAAGAGAUUUUCACAGCACACCGCCAGUGGAACAAGACCGGAUGGCAAACCUUGUCCGCCAUUCAAAAUCAUCAUUCUGGAUGAAGCUGAUUCAAUGACCUCUCCCGCACAGGCUGCACUACGAAGAACGAUGGAGAAGGAAACCAAAACGACCCGGUUUUGCCUGAUUUGUAAUUAUGUCUCUCGUAUCAUAGAACCCAUAGCUUCAAGGUGUGCCAAGUUCCGUUUUAAACCAUUGUCGGAGGAAACGCUGACAAAGAGGUUACUGGGAAUCUGUGAAAAAGAAAACGUCAGCUGUGAUGAUGAGGGAAUCAAAGCUUUACUGAGGACUUCUGAAGGAGACCUGAGGAAGGCCAUUACAUAUUUACAGAGUGCUUCUAGACUCAAGGUAGAGGAAACCAUUACAGAAGCUGACAUCAAUGAGAUAGCAGGGGUUGUUCCAGAUGAGGUCUUAGAUGACUUGAUUAUGAUUUGUAGCUCAGACUCGUAUGAGAAACUGGACACCGGUUUACGAGGUCUGAUUAAUGACGGUUACUCAGCCUCACAAGUCAUUACACAGUUGCACGAGAAGUUGAUAGAAAAAGAAGACCUUACAGAUAAGCAGAAAGCAGUCAUCUUUGAAAAGCUUGCGGUUGUGGACAAGUGUUUGAUAGAUGGGGCAGAUGAGUACCUCCAGUUAAUGGCACUAUUUACGACGAUCAUGCACCAAAUUUGCCACGGAUGACGUCGCCUCAUCUUAUUUAAUGGAUAAUGGGUAUCUGACCAGUGACAAUGGUAGACUGAGAGCUGUGCUUAUUGAGCAAUAACAAAGUCAUCAAUCCGAGGUGCCGAUUAUAGGAUUUACAUCGUUUGCUCAUCAAAAACGUAGUAAUGUCUGACUGUUAGUGAUGCUGGGUGUCAGUAGUGCCCGGCUGUAGUAAUGUCUUGCUAUAAGUACAGUUGUGGUAUCAUACAAGGUUACACGAUGCCUGGAAACACUGGAAUUUAAUUAACAUGACCUAAUGUUUUGUCUCUUGCAAUUAGUACCUGGCAAGUCAUCUUGUGUAUUUUUGCAUAGUUUACUCAUUGACAACUUAUUCAAAAGGACAUGAUAUACUAGGAGUGGAACUGUGCCUGGAAACACUGAAGUUUAACAUGACCUUAUGUUUUGUCUCUAGCAAUUAGUACCUGGCAAGUCAUCUGUGUAUUUUUGCAUAGUUUACUCAUUAACAACUUAGUCAAAUAGACAUGAUAUACUAGGAGUGGAACUGUGCCUGGAAGGAACCUGUGGAUGAUUACAUAAACCUGAACAGAUUGUGGUGCGUUUUAGAAUCCGCACUGCACUGCUUAUUGCAACAUCUGAAAUGUAUUGAAAAAUCACCUUUUUAAAAGCCUUAGAUGUUGAAAAAGCGUAUAAUAUAAGGUAUGUGUAUGUAAAUAGUUUAAAUGCCUUAUCAAUAGUUUGAUGGCUUUUGAAAGUGUACAGCCUUAAAUGACCUGCAAUUAACAGUCAGAAUAAUUAUUUUGACCUUCUAUGACCUUUAUUUCAGUGUUGAGAAUUUAACAGGUAUAAUUGUAGAUUUAGCUAUGUGUUUAAUAUGUUAAGGCUUCAGUGCUGUUAAUUGCAUUAAGCAUUACAAUUUAAUACACCAAAUUGUAAAAAUGAACUUGUACACAUGUAAUGAUAUUCUUGAUGAUAUAAUAAAAUUACAUGAAAGUAAAAUAC